AUGGAGAGAGGAGGAAUCUCAAACAUAGAACAUAAGUACACCAGAAGAGCAGGCACAUCUGGCAUUGUCAUUAGGGAAGGGGGCGUCCCCAACGUCGUCGCCACCGCCACCAAUGUUGUCAACAUCCCGGACGCCCCAACCAAUGCCACGCCGGAAGAGGUGAACCAAGAGCAACACCAAGGCGUCAAAAGAGAGGCAGACCAAUACAUGCCGACAACAAAUAUCGCUCGCAUCAUGCGGUGCGUCCUCCCCGACCACGUUAAAAUCGCUGACGAUGCAAAGGAGGCCAUCCAAGUGUGCGUCUCCGAGUUCAUCAACUUCAUUACUGCUGACGCGAACAACCGGUGCCACCGCGACUACCGAAAAACCGUCACUCCGGAGGACGUGCUUGCGGCAAUGACGUCGUUGGGUUUCGGCGACUACAUAGAUCCCCUCAUCGUUUUCCUCAAUAAGAAUCGAGCCCAGCAGGACCUCGAGUGA